UAUAGAAAAAUGAGAGAGACAAAUUUAAAUUAGAGAUAUGGAGAAAAUUUUUGUUUUCCUUUGAAUUUCUUCGAUUUUUUUUUCCGAAUUUUUUCUGGAUUUUUUCGAAUUUUUUUUUGUUUUUCUUAUUUUUAUGUUUGUACCCCGAAUCCUGAGGGCACGUUUUUCGGGGAGCGUUGGAGUAUGACUGACAGUAAAUUGUGAGUGUUAUUCUGUCAGUUAUUUUCCAACGCUCCCCCCCCCCCUUCCGCAGGAUUUGGGGUAUAACUUUACUUAUUUUAUUUAAUUUUUCAUUGUUUUUCUAGGAUAUUUUUCGUUUGUUAAAUAAAGUUUAUUCAAUUAUGGCAAGGUCAGAAUCAUUUUUUGAUGCUGAAUUGCCAGCUGAUCCAAGUAGCAGUUAUCGGCACGUAUCAACUACAAAUUACAAUAAUUAUGUGGAGGAUGAAGAAGAUAUUGGAUUAGAUUAUGGAGUGGAAGUUAACGAUGAGAAUGAUGAUUUGGGGUUUGGGGAUGAUGAAGAAGAAGAUGAUUUGGGCCUUUUACCACCUGGACCUCCUAUUAGACAUUUUGGCAAUUAUGAAGAGGAGGAGGAAGAUGAUGAAAUUGGUUUGAAUAGAAUGCCUCCUAUGCCUGAUGAAGAGGACGAUAUUUUUGGGUUUAUUUUUUUAAAAUUAUUUUGGGGGGAGAAAACUAGUGGGUAUUUUAUCCUUGUGUGCUUCAGUUUCUUGCCGUUUUCCGGAUUUCCUAUUGGUUUUCACUGGGCAUAUUCGCCUUUCUAA